CCGCCUCCCUCGGAGCAUGGCUCCCCCCGCGCCGCUGCUGCUGCUGUUGCUGCUGUGCCCGCGCCCCGCCGCCUCCCGCCUCAACACCCCCAAGGUGCUGCUGCCCUUCACCCGCGGCACCCGCGUCAACUUCACGCUGGCGGCCAGCGAGGGCUGCUACCGCUGGUCCUCCACCAGGCCAGAGGUUGCGAGCAUAGAGCCAACGGAUCAGGAUGAGCGUGAGUGUUCACAGAAGGCGUUUGUGCAGGCGCGUUCCUCACAGCCCACCCGUCUGACAAGUAUCAUCUUUGCUGAAGAUAUAAUGACUGGUCAAGUGCUUCGUUGUGAUGCUAUAGUCGAUAUAAUUCAUGGCAUCCAGAUUGUGUCCACAACAAGAGAACUCUAUCUUGAAGAUUCACCCCUGGAGCUAAAAAUUCAGGCUUUGGAUUCUGAAGGAAACACUUUCAGCACAUUGGCAGGUUUGGUCUUUGACUGGACAAUAGUAAAAGACACAGAGGCUGAUGGCUUCUCGGAUUCCCAUAAUGCAUUGCGUAUACUCAAGUUCUCCGAAUCCGCCUAUAUUCCGCCUUCCUAUAUAUCGGAGAUGGAAAAAGUUGCCAAGCAAGGAGAUACCAUUUUGGUGUCUGGAAUGAAAACAGGAAGCUCUAAAUUAAAAGCGAGAAUACAGGAAAGUGUCUAUAAGCACGUACAACCUGCAGAAGUCAGAUUGCUUAUUUUGGAAAACAUCCUGUUAAAUCCAGCGUAUGACGUUUAUCUUCUGGUAGGAACAUCAGUUCGGUACAGAGUUCAGAAAAUAAGGCAAGGGAAGAUUACAGAAUUAACGAUGCCGUCUGAUCAGUAUGAACUGCAGCUGCAGAACAACACACUUGAUCCUGAGGGAGAUGUGCCUCGGCCAGUUGCCAAGUUGGACCAGGCAACAUCAGUUGUAACCGCAUUGCAGCAGGGACAAACCAACCUCGUACUUGGGCACAAGAGUAUUCACAUGCAGGGAGUUUCCAGGCUGCCAAACAGCACCAUCUAUGUUGUAAACCCUGGGUAUUUAGGAUUUACAGUUCAUCCGGGUGACAGAUGGGUCCUAGAAACAGGCAGACUUUAUGAAAUUACUAUUGAAGUGUAUGAUAAAUCAAGCAAUAAGGUGUAUUUAUCUGAUAAUAUCAGAAUAAAUGCAAAGCUGUCCAAGGAAUAUUUUGAGGUGCUGAAGUCAUCUCUGAAUGGAUCAUAUCAUUACGUGAGAGCAAUAAAGAAGGGUCAGACCAUUAUUGAUGCUGCGCUGACAUCAGUAGUAGAUCAGGAUGGAGGUGUUCAUGCAUUGCCAGUUCCGGUGCGAAACCAGCAAGAUGUUGAAAUAUAUGUUCCCAUAGUUCUCUCACCCAGCAUUUUGACGUUUCCUUGGCAGCCAAAAGCAGGAGUCUACCAGUACACCAUACAGGCUCAAGGUGGAAGUGGGAAUUUCAGCUGGUCCUAUUCGAACCAGGCAGUUGCUACAGUGACAGUCAAAGGAGUAAUGACAACUGGAAGUGAUAUCGGUGUUAGUGUGAUUCAGGCAAUCGAUGUUCAGAAUCCAUUGCAUUAUGGAGAAAUGAAGGUGUAUGUAACUGAACCUAGUGGGAUGGAGUUCUCACCGUGUCGAGUUGAAGCACGUGUUGGCCAAAUAUUGGAGCUGCCCCUGAGGAUUAAUGGCCUCACAAACGUUGAAACGGGCGAGACGGUGCCACUGAGCGACUGCUCGCACUUUGAUCUAGUGGUGGAAGUAGAAAACCGUGGUGUGUUCAGGCCACUUCAAGGAAGGCUGAAGCCAACUACAGUUUUUUGUAGUGGAGUCAGAGUGAAAGCUGAAACUCAAGGAUACACAGCGCUUGUUGUUAGUUACACUCAUGGUCACGUCCACCUCAGCGCUAGCAUCACCAUUGCUGCUCAUCUGCCAUUAAAGACUAUUGAUCCUCCAUCUGUUGCCUUAGUGACACUGGGUUCCUCCAAAGAUAUGUUAUUUGAAGGAGGACCUAGGCCAUGGGUACAGGAACCUUCCAAGUUCUUCAGGAACAUCACUACUGAGGAUGCAGAAAGUGUUGAUGUGUCUUUAUUUGGACCUUCCACAUCUCGAAAUAACGUCCAGCAUUGGCUUCGAGUGUCUUGCAAGCAACUGGGAGAGCAAGUCAUUACCUUAACAGUUGGAAACAACCCCACAAUCACCAACACUUUUCCAGCGGUUGAGCCCGUUGUUGUCAAGUUCAUCUGUGCCGUCCCUUCACGAUUCACUUUGACUCCUGUUUAUGGAAGUCCUCAGCUGGAUCUCGCCUGCCCUUUGCUGCAACAGAACAAGCAGGUGGUUCCUGUUUCAAAUUACCACAAUCCAGUAUUGGAUUUGGCUGCAUAUGACCAACAGGGCAGUAAAUUUGAUAACUUCAGUUCUCUUAGUGUUCUCUGGGAAUCAACAAAAGUGUCCUUAGCUACUAUUGCGCCUGAUAUGCCAAUGGAGCUGACUCUGAAAGAAGAUGGAAGUGGUCAAAAGAAAAUGCACGGCUUACAAACCGUUGUAGUUCAUCAUCAGUCUGGAACAGCUGCUGUCUCUGUGACCGCGACAGGAUACCAGCAAUCCCAUCUCAAAGCAGCGAAAGUGAAAAUACCGGUACUCGGAACUCUGCGUGAACCUCUUCUACCAGUGUCUGCCACUGUUGAACUGAUUCUUGUGGAAGAUGUCAAAGUGAGCCCUACUAAUGUUUCUGUUUACAAUCACCCAGACAUACAGGUAGAACUUUUCAUCAAAGAAGGUUCUGGCUAUUUUUUCAUCAAUACCAGCGUUGCAAAUGUUGUAAGGGUGGCUUAUGAGGAAACUGAAGGUAUUGCUUUGGUGCAUCCUCUGCUUCCAGGAUCAGUGACUGUAAUGAUUCAUGACUUGUGCUUGGUUUUCCCUGCACCAGCGAAAGCUGAAAUUUAUGUAUCUGAUGUACAGGAACUGUACGUCCGAGUUGUUGACAAGGUGGAGAUUGGAAAAACUGUUAAAGCUUAUGUCAGAGUUCUGGAUGACUCCAAGAAACCUUUUCUGGCAAAAUACUUUGCUAUCAUGGAUCUAAAACUAAGGGCAGCAUCUGAGAUUGUUUCGCUUGUCCCACUCAGUGAAGCUCUCGAUGACCACACUGCUGCUUUUCUCGUGCAUGGAAUGGCCAUCGGACAGAGCAGUCUCAUGGCAACUGUUACUGACAAAAGAGGACAAAGGAUCAACUCUGCUCCACAACAGAUUGAAGUCUUUCCCCCAUUUAGACUACUGCCAAGGAAAGUGACCCUAAUUAUUGGGGCCAUGCUGCAGAUCACUUCAGAAGGAGGCCCUCAGCCUCAAUCGAACAUCAUUUUCUCCAUCAGCAAUGAGAAGAUUGCUUCAGUGAACAACACGGGACUUGUCAGAGGAAUGAUGGUUGGGAAUGGAAUGGUAACGGGAGUGGUGCAAGCUGUUGAUGCAGAGACAGGGAAGCUUGUGGUGGUGUCUCAGGACAAAGUGGAAGUUGAAGUAGUACAGCUGACAGCUGUUAGAAUUCGCACGCCGAUUACACGGAUGAAAACUGGCACACAGAUGCCAGUUUAUGUGAUGGGCAUCACCAGCAGUCAGACGCCUUUUUCAUUCGGCAAUGCGAUCCCAGGGUUAACAUUCCACUGGUCUGUCACAAAGAGGGAUGUUCUGGAUAUCAAGACAAGACACAGUGAGGCUUCUUUUCAGCUGCCUGCAAAAUAUAACUUUGCAAUGGAUGUUUACGGCAGAGUAAAGGGAAGAACAGGCCUGAAAGUUGUUGUGAAGGUCCUUCAUCCUGCAGCCAACCAGUUUCAUAACAUGGCAAAAGAACUGUCUGAUGAAAUCCAAAUUCAGGUGUUUGAAAAACUUCAUCUGGUCACUCCUGAAGUAGAAGCAGAGCAGAUCUUAAUGACACCGAAUUCCUUUAUUAAGCUUCAGACGAACAGAGACCCGGUGGCUUCCCUGAGUUACCGUGUCCUGGACGGACCAGACAAAGUUCCUGUUGUAACAAUUGAUGAGAGAGGUUUCCUCAGCUCCGGGUCUUUGAUCGGAUCCUCAACAAUUGAAGUGAUUUCAAAAGAAUUGUUCGGGAUCAACCAGACCAUCGUAGUUGCUGUUAAGGUCUACCCCAUCUCAUACCUAAGAAUCUCCAUGAAUCCACUUCUACACGUGCAAAAGAAGGAGGCAUUAUUGACUCUUCCCCUGGGAAUGACGCUGACAUUUACAGUCCAUUUUCAUGAUAACUCUGGAGACACUUUUCAUUCGCAUAAUUCUGUGCUCAACUUUGCAACAAACAGAGAUGACUUUGUGCAGAUUGGGAAAGGAGCCACAAACAACACCUUUGUAAUCCGGACUGUAAACGUAGGUUUGACCUUGCUUAAAGUCUGGGAUGUGGAACAGAAUGGAAUUGCAGACUACAUCCCCCUUCCUGUGCAACAUGCCAUAUUUCCUGAGCUCACGGAUGUGGUGGUCGGGGAUGUCCUCUGCUUGAGUACUUCUCUGAUCAGCCAAGAAGGGCUGCUGGGCACAUGGAGCUCCUCGUCAAGUAGUGUUCUACAAGUCGACUCCAAGACUGGUGUGGCAGUGGCAAGGGAUUCUGGCGUUGUUACUGUCUACUAUGAGAUUCCUGGAUUACUUAAAACGUACAGAGAGAUAGUGAUUAAUGCACCUCAGAGGAUCACGGCGAUGCACGUAAGUGGAGUGAAAACAAGCUUACAAGGAGUUGCAGCCUCAAAAGUGAUAGUUUCAGUUGGGGAAAGAGAUGAAAAUUUGGAAGGGGAGUGCUUGCCUGCUCAGAUUGAAGCCGUCGCUGAGUUACAGCCACAGUCCCUUAUCAGUUGCCUUCUAGAUUUUAGCAGUGAUGCGUUUAUCUUCCCAGCACAGGAUAUUUUCAUAGCAGAACCUGGAUUCGAUGCAGUUUCAGGACAUUACACCUGCUCCAUCACGAUGCACAGGCUCACUGACAAGCAGCGGAAGGAGCUUAGCAUGAGUAAAACUGCCCUCAGAGUGACGGCUUCGAUCCGAGGCAGCCACUUCUCUGGGAAGCAGAUCAGCGCGGAGGUGCCAUUCAAUCCUGGGUUUUAUGCUGACCAAACGGAAAUGCUUUUAAGUAACCAUUACACAAGCUCUGAUGUGAAAAUCUUUGGUGCCACUGAAAUUCUUGAUACCCUGGAGGUGAAAUGUGGGUCACCAGCAGUGAAAGCGUUGAAGAAAGAGAAAUCCUACGGGCUGCCUAGUUAUGUAGUCUACACCGUUAGUCUGUCUGAUCCAAGAGUUUCAAGCCAAGCAUCAUUAUCAACCACUCUGACAGUCUCCAGUCCUAUGACUGACCAGUCUAUCACUAUCCCAGUGACAGUGAUUUACUUGGCUGACAGAACCAGCACGCCAGUGCGACAAGGAGCCAGUCUGUUCCAGCACAUUCUUGAUUCCUACCAAGUUGUUUUCUUCACUCUUUUUGCACUGUUGGCAGGGACAGCUGUUAUGAUUAUAGCCUAUCUUGCAGUUUUCUCACCGAAAGAACAGCACGCUCAUCCAGUGUUUACGCCGAGGACAUCUCCUCAACACAGCCAUAACAGUUUCUCUGCAUCACCUGUGCCUUCCUACAGUUCUCAGUCCUCGCGCAGGAGCCCAGCAUCCACGCUCUGGAGCACUGAUUAUGGCUCGCGUUAGAGACAGUAGGAUUCUUUUUCAUGCACUAGGGCUGGAAAAUACCAAGUCAGUGCCUUAAACAAUAGCAAAUUUAAGAACUUUCACAGUUGUGCUAUAAUUGAAGUCAUCUCUUGAAUGUCACUAGCUUCAUAAUUGAUUUUUUUUUUUCUAUUUAGAGCUCUUGAAAGUUGUUUUUUAUGUCAGUGCUUCAGUUCUCUAAAAAGUGUUUUGUCUGCUGUUUCCCGCUCAGUUGAGAAGGAUGGCUGAGCAGCAAGUGAUGUUUAUGCUAAGCGAGCUGUCUUGCACUCUUCAAGUUAUGUGUGUGUGAUAGGGACAAAAAAAAAAAAUGUAUUUACUUUUUGUAAGUUAUCUUUAUUUCUCAUGAACUUUUAUAAAAAGGGAAGUAGAAAAACAGGUCAAAUAUGAGCCAAAAAUAUGAAGGAUUGUAUAUUUCAAAGAACUAGUUUUUUAUUUUGAGUUCCAAAGCCUCAGGAAUGCACUGCACUGAUAAAUGUUCUUGCGUUUAGACUUACAAUGUGAUUCAUCACCGUAAUUUGCUGUUUUGACAUUAGGAAUGCUGGAACAACUGUGAAUAACGUGGAGGUUAUUUUCCAGCAACAAAGAAAGAAAAACAAAGCUAUCUUAGCACAGCUUUUUGGGUACAACUGCAGUAUUCCUUUCGUGUUACUGUAAGCACUUUUAUAGGCUGGGAAUGUGAAAGCAUGUGCCUUCUAAGAGGACCUUUCUUCUGGUAGUAAAUAUUCUUAAUCGAAGGCAGUUCUCUUACCUGUGUUCUGCUGUAAAUGUAAUGCAUUUAUAUACUCAUUUCACACACAGAAGUACCUCAAUAGAAACUGAGCCUCCUUUUAUUACCACUGGUCACCUGGUGCACUGGAAAGCGAGUGGCUUAUUUCCCACUUGCAGUGAAUGAGCCUUCUCCGUGGAUUCAGGCUGCCUGGCUUCGGUCCAUUCGCAUACAACCUGAUACCACCACACCCAGAGUCUUAAGUUAAACUGUGCAGUAAGAUACGGUAUGAGCGGACUCUGGGACAUCGGUACCUUCAUAUCCUGCUAAUAAGUGCUCGUUCCUAAGUCUGUAAUACACAGAGUAAUGUUUAAUUGCGUUAAGUAGUAACUUCAAGGUUUUUUGGUUGACUUUUUGGUUUUCUUCUUGCCUGGCUGAGACACACAGAUAUAAAACGCACAAUUCUGGGUACGUCAGGCAGUACCGUGUUAAACCAGGCAGGUGGUCACUGCCUGCUCAGGUGUGUUUUGCUUCCGAAACCAGAUGACAGUGAGGUAUGCUGACCUGAACUCCUCUAAACUGAUUUGAAACAGAUGAGAAGGAAAACUUUGUUCCAAUUAUUAGUCCUGAAAUACCGAAAAUAGGAAAAGAAAGCCCUGAGAACUGGAAAAAAAAAAAGUAUGUCUGUUGGAAUCCUUUAUUUUGAGGAUUACAGUUAGAGCAACUUUUAAUCCAUACGCAGUAUUUUUCAGCUGUUGGGUAAGGGCCUUGUUUACAUGUGACAAGUUUGAACCAUGCGCUGUGUGCACUCUCCUAAGGACCGUGUGAAAGCAAUGGCAAUUGUUUUAGUUCAAAGAAAAAAACAUUUCAUGCAAAAUACAUUUUGCGCAGAACUAUGCGGGCAAAUAGUCGGAGGAAUGGGCUGUUUUGGUUUCAGGCAGUAUUACAGCAAAGCAAUGUUGUUACUUGUUAUUAUAUUGAGUCUUGUGUAAUUUAUUGGCUAGUUUUGGAG